GUUGAUGGACACACACACACAGAGGGACCGUUAAUCGAUGCACCACUCAAUGAUUUCAUUAAGCCUCAAACACCACAGAGCACUUGAGUCAAGAAAACUUACGCACAGUAAGGCGUCACAGCCGUCCGUCAACCACAGCACGAUUGCUUUGCAAGGCUGUUCCAGUCAACACGCAACGAGUGCGUUCACCACGCAAUGCCGAGAUCAACCCAGACGACCCACCCACCACCCCACCCCACGGCAGCACCGCGAGGGCGGCCAAUGGCGAUCGACCUAUCUACAUCUACAAUAAGGGGCUGGCUGCAUGGAUGGAUGGACGCUGGGUCUGUCGGUGCGUCAGGCCUUUGUUUUCUUCUUGGGUGAUGCCUUCUUGCCCUUCCGGCUCCUCUUGUUGGUGCCGUCCAGGGGCUUGUAUAUGCUGUAGUCCUCGUCAUCAUCCUCUUCCUCCUACACACACACACGGUAAGGGGAGAGAGAGACAGAGACAGAGAGAGAGAGUUGAGCCAACGGAGGGGUGUGCCAUGCAGCCAGCCGUUCUUCACACUGCUGACUGACUGACCCCUUCCUCAUCAUCUUCUUCUUCGUCAUCAGGGUCUGGCUUCAUCUCGCUCUUGGGCGCCCUCUUGAUGGCCUUGUGCUCGUCGUACGCCGCCUUCAUGCUGAUCGAUCAACACAGAGAGAGGGAGGGAGGCUGACCAUUGAGACGAGAGAGGCCCACCUACUCUAGACACAUACCGGUCUUUGCACUCUUGAGAGGCCUCGGCGUGGUCAACUGAAUCAAGAAGGGGAGAGGGACAACGCACACACGCAGCGACACACACAUGGAUGGAUGGAUGGAUGGCAGGGCGGCCCACCGACUCACUCACUCACCGAUGGGUUCGGGGUAGUCCUGUCCGAUGAUGCACUUGGCCUCCUCCUGGACGGCCUUGGGGGCCUUCCAGGGCUCGUAGACGUACUUGUCGGGCAUGUGACGCAACUCGGGCACGUAACGCCUCACGUACGCACCAGCUGGCAUCCACCCAUCCAUAACACACCACAUACGACACACACGGGUGUCUUGCAAUGGCCACGUAUGGCGUCGGUGGUUGGUGUGUGUGUCCUGCUAUUGCAUAUAUAUACUUACUCGGAUCGUAUUUCUUAGCGAAUGUGGAGGGGUGGUAGAUGCGAAAGAACUGGUAGAAGAAACACGAGCACGACAGCCACAUCCAGUUGCCUGCCGCACACACACACACAUUGGUUGCCCCUUUGUCCUCAUGUGUUCCCUCCUCGUGCGAACGCACCGUUGUUGAUGGACCAGUCCGCGUCGAUGAGCAGCUCAUCGAACGUCUUGGCACCAACUUCCCAACUGCAGAACAAAUCACCCUGCACACACCACACACACACAGAGAGAGAGAGAGCACACAGACAGCAUGCACGCCCCCUGCCUCAAAGUUCCCUGUGUGUGUGGUGUGUGUGCAUACCCUGGUGAGGAAGCAGGCGACGGCAUGUCUGGCGAGAUGGUGCAUCCAGCCCUCACGCCGCAGCUGACGCAUCGAUCCAACCCCCCACAGCACAGGCCGCACAUCCAAUGGUGUGCAAUGCAGCGGUGCGGUGUAGUGUUGUUGAGUGCAUCAUCGUGUACCUGCCGCAUGGCGGCGUCAAUCCAUGGGUAGCCCGUCUUGCCCUGCUGCCAGGCCUCGAUCCACUCCUCACUGUCAACCACACACACCACACACAGAGAGAGAGGGAAGGAGAACGAGCACGUCCAAACACACAUCAAUGUGGUGUGUGGUUGGGUGUCUGACUCACUUGUUGACCCAUGCGAUCUGUCUGCAUAUCUUGUUGCCCGCCAUCCUGUCAUAGUUGUUCGUCGCGUAACCAACUAAGCAAGACCAGACCCCCACACACACAUCAGCCAGCCGCCCACCCUCCCACUCCAUCACCCACCCAUACGCACCCGUGUAGAAGAAUUCGCGCCAGUAAAGCUGCCCCAGGAGCGACACGGGCGGCUGCGAGUGGCCCUUGUGCCGCUUGUAGAUGGCCAGCAGAUGGUGAUAGAACUUGCGAGCCGACACACAGCCGAACUUCAUAUAGGGCGACUGCAGCGGAAGGCAGACAAACCGAGAGAUGGGAGGCGGCUCUGUGGGUGGUACGGUAGGUACCAUUUGUGUGGUGCUGGCAGGGUUGAAGUCCGUCGGCUUGGUCUUGGGCUUCUCGAACGUUGCGAUCCACCUGCACACACACACAGACAUUUCCUUCUCCCCACAGCACCAUCCCCAGCCCCUGUGCGUCCAUUCUCACUUCUCAUUCCUGGUGACGUCAUGCAGCCUCUGCAGCCCGACAGUCUCGCCGCCCCUCAGCACGCCGUUGUGGGGGGUCUCCUCGCAGCCCAUCUCCUGCAAAGUGGGCACACUGUAGCUCUCGUCCACCUUGCCCAGCACGGCGGCAGGGGGAGCCGGGAUGGCUGCCGGGGCGUCCUUAUCCGUCUGUGGCGGACCGAUCGACUCUACCAUCUUCACAAACGGACCUGCCAUGCCAUACACACAGAUGGAUGGAUGGAUGGAUGGAUGGAUGCAUUUGUUGAUGUGCUGUGCAUGCCUCUCCUGGCGCACCAUAUGAGAGGGGUGGAGUGCCUUUGAACUUCUUGAGUAUCUCGUCCAGGUCGAACAGCGUGUGUCCCGGGCUGACCGUCACCUCCACGCCCCCCUCCUUGGCUAUCUUGGUCACCUCGGCGUCGCGGCUCCUGGCGUAUGGCUCGCUGUCGAACUCGUAGCACAGCUUGUCGACGGCGAAGGGCUGCUUGUCCUUGAGCAGCGAGCGCAUCACGUCCAGGGGGUUGCCGCGCAGCACAAUCAGGCGGCUGUUGUACUUGGUCUUCAGAGAGGUGUCCAGGUCGGUCAGGCACUCGAGCAGGAACCGGUAUCGGUUCACGCCCACCUUGCCCGGACCUGCACCCUCACGAAGUGAUCCACCCCAUACGUGUGCUGUCUUCCUGGUGUGGGGCGUGUCUGUGUGAGCGUGUGUGCGCGUGGCGCUCACCGACGAAGUGCGGGUCAAUGAUGAAGACCGGGUAGACAUGCGUGGCGUCCUUGCAGGCCUCGAGCAGCGCCAGGUUGUCGUGCAGACGCAACCCUUUGCGGAACCACAACACAGCCGACUUGCCCAUCUUCUGAGGUGCUGCUCGUGCCGAGAAACACGCUCCGGAUCUCUCCACUGACAAGGUAUGAGCGAGGGAGGUCGCAAGAAGGUGCGACAGGAGCAAAAGAACGGCGGAUAGGGCACGACGAGACCCACUCACACGCUGUCUACAGGCAUUCAAAGGCAUACAUCAUGGAAAAAACCAC